GCCGACAGCUCUGCGCUUGUUGCUCGUACUGAGGACGAACAAAUUCAUCCUUUCAGCGUUUCGCCAACGGUUGACGCUGAUCACUUGGCCAUCUCUUCGGGCUCUCCCUCCUGCCUCCUGCCUCAGAUACCGGACAUAUCUAUGCGUCCAUUGUGCCGGCUCUCGGGUUCGCCCACUAGGCUGCUUCAAACUCGCAUCUGCUGCGGAACUUCAAAGAGCCAUCAACCAAGUCCAACUCCGACAGCUCAUCCGCUCAGCCAGCCCAGCACACUGUCAACGGAGCCUCUUCACAUGCCGAGCCCCAUGCAGUCCGCCCAGCUUGGACCGGCCUUUCGGUUCGAACCCAUUGCCGAGUGCCCCCAGACCUCGGCUCGUCGAGCCGCUCUCCACCUGCCCCACUGUCCGGCGGGGCCGGUAGAAACGCCCGUCUUCAUGCCAGUGGGUACGCAGGGUGCUAUGAAGGGGAUCACCGUGGAACAAUUGGAGAGCAUCGACUGUCGUAUCAUUUUAGGGAAUACUUAUCAUUUAGGCGACCGGCCAGGACCAGACGUCAUGAGCCAGGCCGGAGGAUUGCACAAAUUCAUGUCUUGGCCGCGUGCCAUCCUCACCGACUCGGGUGGCUUCCAGAUGGUCUCCCUUUGCGAGCUCUCUAGCGUUGAUGAGACCGGCGUCACUUUCAUCUCACCACAUAUCGGUACCAAGAUGCUGCUUACACCUGAAUACUCUGUAGGCUGCCUGCAGGCUGCAAUUGGAGCCGACAUUGUUAUGCAGUUGGACCACGUAUUGCAUGUUCUUUCCAACGGAGCCGAUAUCAAAGAUGCUACCUUUCGAUCAAUCCGCUGGCUGGAUAGCAAGACUGGCUUCAAUGCUGGGACAAACUUAGGGUCUGUUAAAUGGUGCCAUAAUGAGUGUGCUUUAACUGCUAAUAUUUAG